AUGACGGCCGGAGUUAGCGGGACGUUCACUUUGGUCCAGCGGCUACUUUACGCGCUGUGGACCAUCGACGCCCAGGGUGCAGGGACCCCGGCAGCCUGCGCCGCGCGCUGCGUCGUCAGUGACGUCUGCGGUGGGUUCGUCUGGGCCUCUUCAGUGCCGCCGUGCCGCCUGGUGGUCUCUUCGUCCAUUGCCGGCGCUGUUGCUACCAAAACAGCGGCAGCCUACCGACGCGUUCGUUUCAGGGAUGACUUGCACAUUUUUGAGUUACCGCCGUCUCUCAUGCCCGCUGUUGGUGUUCGUCAGUCGUGUUUGAAGUUGGGCAUGGACCUUCCGCCUCACACAAUCUCGCCCGCUGAAGAGGCCAUCCUUACCAUAAGGUCCGGCUCGUUCAUCUUCGUGGACAUGGUGGUGAAGGCGAACGGGACUGCCGCUACUCUGAGUACCGGAGUUGACGUACCGAAUACCGGUAUUCCAUGGGCGCCAAACUACCCGCUCAUGACGGGUAAAGAAAGAUGCGUGAUGAUCGGCGGGAUAAAAACGACAUUAUUCUACGACUCGGGCUGCAAUAUUGCUCAAAAUUUGACGCAAAUUUGUGUACGACAAGGAUAACAAGCCGCACGGUCCCCCACGUACGCACAACGUAAAGUAUCAGUCUCAGAAAAUUGAGAAACCCCCGUUGUGAAUUCGCAAGGACUCCGCCUUAAGAGUCACAACAGUUCAAGUAAUAGUUCAACAGUUCAAGUCAUAGUGCAACAGUUCAAGUCAUAGUUUAACAGUUCAAGUCAGAGUUUAACAGUUCAAGUCAUAGUUCAACAGUUCAAGUCAUAGUUCAACAGUUCAAGUCAUAGUUCAACAGUUCAAGUCACAAGGACUUAACAUCAUCCAAAAUAACAGUGAGAAAUAAAGUUUAAAAAAUGGACGUGAAAUAAAUAAAAUCUUCUAAUUUGUUAUCAAGCAAAUUCAAAAAUAAGUGUACUUGGUCUUGACUGAGCAUUGUGACUGAAUAGGAUUUAAUUAUUUUUUACCACAAUUGAAAUUUUGAACGCGGUCUCGCUAUUUCUGAGACUUGAAAAUGAAUAUUAUUCUGUUUGGAUCAAAAUCAAUUUUAACUAUGAUGAGGCAGGCAGCCUGUAAAAUUUAUUAGCCUGAGAUGCUUAUGCAGAAAGGGCACAAAUAUGUUGGCUAUACAUCACACGUCUUGGAGGCACAAUGUAAAUGAUAUGUGUGCAUGAAUAACAUAUAUCGAGUACUCCUCAUAUCUUUCAAGUUUAUAAAGCUCAUGAUAUGGAGAAAACAUACACGUUACUGGUAUUAUGUAUUUAACAUGCCAUGAGCAGUUGAGCACUCUGCACCACGUCAAAGUACAAUUAGCAGGUUCUGCUACUUAUAUAAACACUUCAAGUUGCAACAGGCAACAGUUAACCCAAACCUAGGACAAAUCACAAAUGAGGGUUACCUUCGUGUAUCACAACCCAACUUCUGAUGGUCAUCGAAAAAAUUAUUUUGUAUUUAAGCCCUCCACGUUAGUGAUAGUAAUAUCUAAUUUAAUUGAUCCCUGAACCAUCGGCUGGUUCAUGGCACAUCAAAAAAUAAACACAAUUUACACCUCUCUCUACCGAGAGGUGUAAAUUCCACGUAAUCUACAUCACAUUGACGGGCUACGUCAACAGUCAACACGACAGGCUGGUGACGACGGGGCUGCACUAUAACAAAUCGCUGCGUACCAACAACGCAGUAUAUUGUUGCAUAAAAUUAAAUAUUUAUUGGUGUAUAAAAUAUAAUAUUUAUUUAAAUUCCUACAAUGCUCAUCACAAUUAACACAGCUCUCUGAAUCUCUGAACAUGUCCCAUCAUGUUGAUAUUUACCCGGGCUUAAUUAUGCAUGUUUUAUUGCAACAAUUACACUAUAUUAGCAUUUUAUUACAAGUCGCGGCAUUAUUUAUAUAUAGACAAACUAUUUACGACCCUA